AUGCGUCUGCUGUCAUUCGACGACCACCAUAAUCUCCUCUGGACCUGGUUUCCUGACAACAAGGUUCCGCCAUAUGCCAUCCUGUCACACACAUGGGGCGACGAAGAAGUCACCUUUGCCGACCUCAUCAGUGGCCGGGCACACCACCGACUCGGGUACAAGAAGAUUGUGUUCUGCGGCGAGCAGGCGGCGGCGCACGACGCGUUGGAGUACUUCUGGGUCGACAGCUGCUGUAUCGACAAGGAGAGCAGCGCGGAGCUCUCCGAGGCCAUCAUCUCCAUGUUCAGGUGGUACGAGCGCGCGGCCAAGUGCUACGUGUAUCUGAGCGAUGUAAGCGCUUCUUCUUCCGAUCGGCGCCGCAUCCCAGACACGGAUCAUCCUCCUCAUCAUGAUGACACGGACUGGUGGAUCGCGCCGUUUCGCGAGAGCCGAUGGUUCGACCGGGGCUGGACACUGCAGGAGCUUCUCGCGCCCAGACACGUCGAGUUCUUCUCGGCCGAACGCCAGCGACUCGGGGACAAGGACUCGCUCGCCCUGCUCAUACACGACAUCACAAAGAUACCCCUGACGGUGCUGCGCGGGCAGCAGGCGCUGGAGACCAUCAGCAUCGAGGAGCGCAGGAAGUGGACCGUGGGACGCGAGACGACCAAGCCCGAGGACCUCGCCUACUGCCAGCUCGGCAUCUUCGGCGUGUGGAUGGUGGCGGCGUACGGGGAGGGCGAGGACAGCGCGCGCCGGCGGCUCGACGAGGAGAUCGACAAACUUCCUUAUACUGAGCGCGAGGCUCGACUGCAUUCAUCAUUCGCAACGGCAGUAAGCGACCAUUAUUACACCAUUCAAGAAAACGACGACUAUGCCCUCGAAGCGGGGUACCGAUUUGAGCGCGUGGAAUGCUUCGUCUGGAGCAGGCGAGAGCCAGGAACCGUUCCGGUGUAUCAGUAUCUCGGCACGCACAAUGGCGACCAUUUCUACACGCGGGACGCAGACGAGGGGCACAGAGCCAGAGUGCUAGGCUACGUUUUCGAAAAGGUUGCUUUCUAUACCUGUCCGGUAGGGGUUACAAGAGCAGGGUCUGAAAUGCGCUCGCUGGGUAGAUUUCUCGACACGGUGCACGGCGAGCACUUUUAUACCGCUGAAGAGCAAGAACAAAGAGCAGUAACAGAAGCAAGUUUCCAGGAAGAAGAACAUAUCGGAUUCGUCUUCCCUGGGGAGACUGAGCAAACUGUACCAUUAUAUCGUUGGUAUAAGUCAUGA